CAAAGAUGCCCAAACGCAAAAUAUUGAUUUGCGAAUGCUGUAUAAAGUGUCUGGAGUGCCUGAUCAUACCAGUGUCAGUAAGAAGGGUCUCCAUGGAUCCAUUUGUAGUCUUGGUGCUUUGUCUGUCCUUUCUGCUUGUCCUGUCAUUGUGGAGACAGAGAUCUGCAAGAGGGAACCUCCCUCCUGGCCCUACUCCUCUCCCAAUUAUUGGAAAUUACCACCUGAUAGAUAUGAAGGACAUUGGGCAGUGCCUUACCAAUUUUUCUAAAACAUAUGGCCCUGUGUUCACUCUGUAUUUUGGCUCACAGCCUAUUGUGGUAUUACAUGGUUAUGAGGCAAUUAAAGAAGCCCUCAUUGACCAUGGAGAAGAGUUCUCUGGAAGAGGAAGGAUUCCGGUUUUUGACAAGGUUUCUACAGGAAAGGGCAUUGGUUUUAGCCAUGGAAAUGUAUGGAAAGCCACAAGGGUCUUCACAGUGAAUACCUUGAGGAACUUGGGCAUGGGAAAAAGGACCAUUGAGAACAAAGUGCAAGAGGAAGCACAGUGGCUCAUGAAGGAACUGAAGAAAACAAAUGGCUCACCCUGUGAUCCCCAAUUCAUCAUAGGAUGUGCUCCCUGCAAUGUCAUCUGCUCCAUUGUUUUCCAGAAUCGUUUCGAUUAUAAGGAUAAGGAUUUUCUUAGCUUGAUAGGAAAAGUGAAUGAAUGCACUGAAAUUUUGAGCUCUCCUGGGUGUCAGAUUUUCAAUGCAGUCCCUAUUCUUAUUGAUUAUUGUCCAGGAAGUCAUAAUAAACUUUUUAAAAAUCAUACAUGGAUUAAGAGCUAUCUUUUGGGGAAAAUAAAAGAACAUGAAGAAUCAUUGGAUGUUACAAAUCCUCGGGACUUCAUUGAUUACUUCCUAAUUCAAAGACGUCAGAAAAAUGGCAUUGAGCACAUGGACUAUACCAUUGAACACCUGGCAACAUUGGUGACUGAUCUGGUUUUUGGUGGGACAGAGACCUUAAGCUCAACGAUGAGAUUUGCUCUCCUGCUCUUGAUGAAGCACACACACAUCACAGCUAAAGUCCAGGAAGAGAUUGACAAUGUGAUUGGGAGACACCGCAGCCCCUGUAUGCAGGACAGGAACCACAUGCCUUACACAAAUGCCAUGGUGCAUGAGGUCCAGCGGUACAUUGACCUUGGCCCAAAUGGUGUGGUGCAUGAAGUAACCUGUGACACUAAGUUCAGAAACUACUUCAUCCCCAAGGGAACACAGGUAAUGACAUCACUGACAUCAGUGCUGCAUGACAGCACGGAGUUCCCCAACCCAGAGGUGUUUGACCCUGGCCACUUUCUAGAUGACAAUGGAAACUUUAAGAAAAGUGACUACUUCGUGCCUUUCUCAGCAGGAAAACGGAUUUGUGUGGGAGAGAGCCUUGCCCGCAUGGAGCUGUUUCUAUUCCUGACCACCAUUUUACAGAAUUUCAAACUGAAACCUCUGGUUGAUCCAAAGGACAUCGAUAUGACCCCCAAACAUUCUGGAUUUUCUAAAAUUCCUCCCAAUUUCCAGAUGUGCUUUAUCCCUGUGGAAUGAAGAUGAUAAAAUAGAAGUGAAGAUGAUGAAAGCUUCUGCUAUGCUGUUUUUCUCAAUCACCCACGGAAGCCCUCAUUUAACCCAGUCCCAGAAAUUCCAUCUAUAUUCCUUCUUAUCCCAGCUUCUGUUCUCUAAUUGCCCAAGGCUAACAGUUCUCUAUUAUAUAGUUUCUGAAGUCAAUGUAAAAAAUCCUGAAGGAUAAAAUCAUUGCAAAUUAAAGGAUUCAACUAUGA